AAGAUGGGCAGGAGGACCAAGCGGAGGUGCAGCUCCCCAGAGGCUAGACUCUCACUCUAAGGACUCAGGUCGAUCCAGACUCCACCAUGGCUCCAUGUGGCCCCCGCCCGGUGCUCCUGCUCCUGCUGGCAGCCUGCCUUGCCCUGGCCAGUGGGCAGCUGUGGUACGAGCUGAACUUCCUGUUCAAUAAGAACCACGUGAACUACCCGAAAACGUCAGCGCCGGAUCCCAGCACCUAUUGCAACCUGAUGAUGCAGAACCGGGGAAUCUACCUCAACAUGGUCAACACCUUCAUCCACGCGCCCGUCUCGACGAUCAACAGCGUCUGCACGGCCGGCGGGACGCCCAAGAAAGGGGGCCUGCGCGUGAGCACCGCCACCUUCAACGUCACGCAGUGCGUCUUCCAGCCCGGCCCGUGGUCCAUCUCCUACCUCGGCACGGCAAAGGCUCAGAAAGUUACCGUGGGCUGCUGGAACGGGGUCCCUGUCUACCUCCUCAAGGAGGUCUAGGGCCUGCCUGGGUGUAGAGGGAACCCAGGCACCCCGGCUGCUUCUGCCCACCCCUCUCUGCCUCCCACUGACCACAGCUCCCAGCCUCUCACCCACUUCUGCACACUCCCCAUCCCCACCCUCCGCUGCCCAUUUUACUUUUCUGCCCUCCUGCACUUGGUCUAAUAUUGGAAAAUCUUCCCCUUCAUUGGAAUCAGCUGGUGUUUGUUGAGGUUCGCUUCAUUUUCUGAAAUACUCUCCCCCUCUCUAACCCGCAUUAAACCCGCUCCU